CGGAACAGAGCGUCGUCGAUGUCGUCGUUGGCGAGGCGCUGCAAAUAGCGCUCGAUUUUGAGCAGACGAUUCGGGGUCGCUGCAGGCAUUGGCGAGUCGACAGGCUGCGGAAGGGGAGUCUUGAAGAUGCUUGGCAUCACAGGUGCCUGGAGCGGACCGUUCCAGUACCGAGCGGUCUGGGUACGCGGUGUGAUGAACGGGUUUUGCUGAUGCUGGCGGGUUUCGCUGGGCUGGCGAGGGCGGGAGGAGUGGUGUACUGUCAGGCGUCGGGAAUAUGCUCUCUGGUCUGCUUCACGUCGCUGCCGGUCUGUUCUGGCGCUUGGCUGUGGUUGGAGUCGAGAGACAUGCGACUGGGCUCACUGAGGAGCUCCGUGGCCUGGCUUUCCUCCAGAUUGAGGUGGGACAGAUCUGGGUCUUCCUGCGAAGCGGCCACAGCGGUUGUGGCACCAGUUUGCAACUCAUGCGCCUUGGACUGGACAGGCGGUGCCUCGACAUCCAUCAGAUAUGCACCAACGUCCAUACUGGAGAAGUCGAGGAGUCCCAGCGACUGACGCGAGUUCUUGCUUCCACGUAUAUCGCGCACAUCGAAUUUGUCCACUGGCUUC